UUCUUGUCUAAAGGUUUCUUUUGCUCCUUGAGAUCAAUUAUAGCUUGUGAUACGUCCUCUCUAAUGUUUACUAAGGUCAUUUUAGGACCGGUUAGAGUGUUGAACUCCGGGAGGUGUUGAAACUCCUUUCCCGACAAAGUCCGAAGCACGGCACCUUCUUAGAACAAAGCCCGGGCGGGGGGCAUUUACCCUCGUGGUUGAUUAAAAAAGAUCAUUUUAUCACAUUAAUGUUCAGUGACAGUUUAUGGAAUAUCAGUUAUCAUUUAAGUUCUCCUUUUUCUGUUUAUUACUUAGGUUUGCACACUGUUUUGCGAAUAGAUACCCAUCUGCUCUCAUAUGGAUGAAACGUUUUGUCCUGACUCAAAGCUCGAAAGAUCACACUGAGCAUAUUUAGGACCCAUUUCUCUUAAUUAUUUACUCAAUUACACAGGGACUGCAAACUUAAUCAUUUAUUUUUUUUCUCACCUUGCCGACAUCAUGUAACCUCAGUUCGUUUGUAUUUGCAAAAUAUUAGCAUAUAAAUGGCUUUAUAUAUCCCUGUUAAAGUUUUAGCGGCUAAAUGUCAUCUUGUUGAUUGGAUGUCAAUAAUUACUAUUGCAGAGUUCUCUGAAGCCCUUCAAGAAAUGGGAACUUGUUUGCUUAAAAGGGUUACACCAAAUAAGGAUGGAAUAAAUGAUAAGGUUUUGCUGUUGCUCGGGAAAUCACAAUUUGAACUUCGGAAACUUGUAGAUAGUUAUCGUGUGCAUGUUCUUAAUACCAUCACCACUCCAUCGCAGUCCCUUCUGAAUGAGCUUCAAACCGUGGAGGAAAUGAAGCGCCAGUGUGAUGAAAAGAGGGAAUUGUUCGAAUUCAUGCUAAAUGCGCAGAAAGAAAGGGGAAGAUCUAAGGGUGCUAAAGGUGAUACAGGAGCGUCGGAGCAACUGAAACAAGCUCAGGAAGAUUAUCAAGAGGAAGCAACUCUUUUUCUAUUCCGGUUAAAGUCAUUGAAGCAAGGGCAGUUCCGAAGUCUUUUCACACAAGCUGCUCGGCAUCAUGCUGCACAGCUAAAUUUGUUCAGAAAGGGGCUCAAGUCCCUUGAGGCUGUAGAGCCACAUGUCAGGCUUGCUGCUGAGCAGCAACACAUAGAUCAUCAGUUCAGUGCACUUGAGGAGGAGGAUUACUUUGUUGAGGAUGAAAAUGAUGAUGAUUACAAUGACAGUCAUGAUGGAGAGCUGUCUUUUGAUUAUGGAGAAAAUAAAGAAGCUGAAGAAUCUGUUAAUGCUUCCAGGAGUCAUACAGAGCAGGAUUUUCUUAAUAGAACCAAAGAAGAGUAUUCUUCUAUUCCACGUGAAAGACAAAGAAUUGUCAGUCAGUCAGCACCACUUUUUCCUGAGAAAAAGCUCGAAACAGAAGAGAAAAUAAAAGAUUUGCGGCGUUCUGCAACAAGGAAGUUAAAUACGUAUGUUUUGCCUACUCCAAAUGAUGUUCGGGCUACUUCUCAGAUGGUUCCAGGAAAUCCAACUUCUGGACCUCUCGACAGCAGAGGUGCCUUUCCAUCUCCGCCCCACCCAUCUGCAGAAAUGGGAGAUUUGAGAGACAAUAAACUACCUAGUCCUGCAAGAUUAUCUAAUGCACAGUCUGUGCUGAAAGAGAGCAAUACCAAUACUGCAGAAACAAGGAAAAUACUCCCAUUAGGUGACAUGGCCUUACCUGGAUAUUAUGACUUGAAGACUUCUGAUAAUAAAAAGGUGAAGAGAGGGUCAUUUUCCGGGCCAAUAGCUUCCAGACCACGGUCCACAGAGAACAUUGAUGUUCUUUCUGCAGCACCCAGGCACAGCUCUGCGCAUCAGCCAAUUCAUGUCAGAGUAUCCCCCAGCAACUCACCGCCACCUAUUUCCUCACCGAAAAUAAAGGAGCUUCAUGAGCUCCCUCGACCGCCUGUUAAUACGUCAAAACAUACAGCUUUUUCCAGUUUGGUUGCCCACUCUGCUCCGUUGGUACCAAAUUCUGCCUCAUUGGUGCCCAAAGUCCAAGACCAUUUUAGGGCAAGACAAACACCGCCAAGUACUGCAUCACCUUUACCAACGCCACCAACACCACCUGGGCCUAUAGCCCGCAGUUUCUCUAUACCUUCUAGGGGCACGAGAACAUCAGGUAUUUCAGAUAGUAAAGAGACAGAGGAGCAUCAGGAUAAGGGAGCUGCCAGAAUGAGCCUUUCUUCUCUUCCGUCAGCGCAAACAUUCUUGGAAGAUCAUCAGCCCUUGUCAGCAGCUGCAGAAUCAGUUAGCAAAACAUAGGGUAUUUGGUGCUGAGGUGGAUUAUUACAUUAUCAAGUGUCUCGCUGGAGGAAUAUUGUACAUAUUAGCAUGUGAACUCAGCCAGAAUCGCGAAGUAGUUGGUAUUUCGUGUGCCCUUUGGUUAAGAUGUAGUCUGUGCAAAUAACGGUUUUGCGGAAAUAAAUCCCCAUUUUUCUCACCGAUUGAUUGAUUGACGCGAGAUUUGUUGUGGUUGCCCUCAUUAUUUGCUCUGAAGCUAGUUCUGAGCGCCAUCUGAUUUCUGCAGUUUAUGUAAUUAUCACCUGGUUUCCUCUGCUUAUGUAAUUAUCAUCCGUUUUA